AUGAAAGUGAAACAGCAGCUGGUUGGUGUCUCGGAUCUUUCCUUGCCGACACGAGCCAUGGACGCCGCCACGGGCACGGAGGGAACGGCCAGCGGCAGCGUACUCCUGCUCCUCCUCGUCGCCGGUGUUGUCGCAGUCUAUGUUCGGCUGGGGCGACGGUGGGGGGACGGGAGCAGCAGCGCGCCGAGCCCGCCGUCGCUCCCGCUGCUCGGCCACCUGCACCUGCUCAAGAAGCCGCUGCACCGCUCGCUCGCCGCUCUCGCCGGGCCGGCGCCGCUCCUGUCGCUGCGGCUGGGCGCGCGAAUGGCGCUGGUCGUGUCCACGCACGCGGCGGCCGAGGAGUGCUUCACGGCGCACGACGCGGCGCUGGCAGGCCGGCCGCGGAUGCUCGCUGGGGAGAUUCUCGGCUACGGGCGCACCACCAUCGUGUGGGCCUCCCACGGGGCGCACUGGCGCGGCCUGCGCCGGUUCCUUGCCGUCGAGCUCUUCUCGGCUUCCCGCGUCGCCGCUCUCGCCACCGACCGCCACGCCGAGGUCGCGUCCCUCGUCGAGAACCUGCUCCACGACGCCACCGCCAGCGCCGGGGGUGGGGGUGGGACUAUCACGCUCCGGCCCCGGCUCUUUGAGCUGGUGCUUAACGUGAUGCUGUGCGCGCUCACCGCGCGCCGGCAUGCCGGCGACGUGGGCAGGAUCCAGGAGAUCAUCGAGGAGACGUUUGCGGUGACCGGCGCUCCCAGCUUCGGGGACUUCUUCCCGGCGCUUCGCUGGGUCGACCGUCUCCGCAGCGUCGAGGCGGCGCUUGUAAGGCUGCAGGCAAGGCGCGACGCGUUCGUCACUGGCCUCAUCGGUGACCAACGGCGAAUUUCCAACGCACGUAGCCAAGAAGACGUGGACAAGAAGGGCGUAAUCGACGUGCUCAUGGAGCACCAAGCAACCGACCCCGAGUUUUACAGCGACACCGUCGUCAAAGGCAUUGUCUUGGUACUCCUCACUGCCGGCACCGACACAUCGGCGCUGACGACGGAGUGGGCGAUGGCGCUGCUGAUGACGCACCCGGCGGCGAUGGCGAAGGCGAGGGCCGAGAUAGACGCCGUCGUCGGCAUGGGCGGGCUGGUCGACGAGUCGGACCUAGCCAACCUACCUUACCUGCACUGUGUUGUCAAGGAGACCCUGCGGCUCUGCCCCGUCGGCCCGAUCAUCCCGGCGCACGAGGCCAUGGAGGACUGCACCGUGGGUGGCUUCCGCGUCCCGCACGGCACGAUGAUCCUCGUGAACGCAUGGGCGGUCCACCGGGACGCCAAUGUCUGGGACGCGCCGGAGGAGUUCAUGCCGGAGCGGUUCUUGGGCAGAGACACGGUCACCACGCCCAUGCUGCCGUUCGGGCUUGGCCGGAGGCGAUGCCCCGGGGAGGGGCUGGCGAUGCGCCUUGUUGGCUUGACUCUCGCAACGCUCGUGCAGUGCUUUGACUGGGAUGUUGGUGAAGGCGACACCAUCGACAUGGCCGAAGGUGGGGGGCUGUCAAUGCCAAUGGCGACGCCGUUGGCGGCUCUCUGUCGGCCCCGGGAGUUUGUCAAGAGUGUGCUCUCUGCUUCCACUUGA